CAUUUGGUGGUGUAGGAGUGUGCAGACUGCAGUGAGUUUGCAUUGGCGGAUUGAAGUGGGUGGAGCUGCGUGUCCCAGAGAGAGUAGAGAGCGUCACAACCCACUCUGAAGAGCUGGAGUCUGUGCAGGAUACCCACCAGGUCCCACCCCUUGACACGUCGGGGAACGGCCAGAUCCGUCACCGAUCGCCGUCGGCCCUUGAGCUCCUGGAGGCACAACCGCUGCACAUUCCACUAGAUCAAAUGGAGAAGACACUCAAGCGCAAUCGCGGCCAGCACGACUCCCUCUCCGACAAGAUCCUCAGAUACCGUGGCGUCCUCCUCCUCAUCGCUCUUCCUCUCCUGCUUAUAACUUUCCUUCUCUUUCGAUCGCGAUCGCCUUCCGAUUCCGUCGACUCCCUCAACCGCAAAUUCUCUCCCAACUUCGGAUCUAACAAGUACGCCGUCAUAUUUGACGCCGGUAGUUCUGGCAGUAGAGUGCACGUUUUCUGUUUUGACCAGAACCUCGAUCUCGUUCCUAUCGGCAAUAAUCUCGAACUUUUCCACCAGUUAAAACCAGGUUUGAGUGCUUAUCCAACUGAUCCUGAGGCUGCUGCAAACUCUAUUAAACCACUUCUUGAAAAGGCAGAGGCAGUAGUUCCUCAGCCUUUGCGCCACAACACCCCAGUCAGAGUUGGGGCAACUGCAGGUUUGAGACAAUUAGAAGGCGAUGCCCCUGAUAGGAUUCUGCAAGCAGUGAGGGAUUUUUUAAAGACCAAAAGCAGCCUCAAGUCACAACCUGAUUGGGUUACUGUCCUGGAUGGAAGUCAGGAAGGUGCUUAUGAGUGGGUGACUAUUAACUAUCUCCUAGGCAAUUUGGGUAAAGAAUAUUCUGAAACUGUUGGUGUAGUUGAUCUUGGUGGUGGAUCUGUGCAAAUGGCUUAUGCCAUCUCAGAGUCGGAUGCUCAAAAGGCACCAAAAUUAUCAGAUCCAGAAGAUAAAUAUGUGCAGGAAAUGUAUCUUAAGGGAAGGAAAUAUUACCUUUACGUUCACAGUUAUUUGCACUAUGGAUUACUAGCAGCUCGAGCUGAGAUUUUGAAGGUCACAGAAAACUCUGGGAAUCCUUGCAUCUUGGCAGGAUAUGCUGGGUCAUAUAAGUACGGAGGGGAAAUUUACCCUGCAUCACCUUUGCCUUAUGGUUCAAACAUGAAGAGUUGCAGAGAGGUAUCUAUUAAGGCUCUUAAAGUCAAUGAGUCAAUUUGCACAUCCAUGAAAUGCACUUUUGGUGGAGUGUGGAAUGGAGGUGGAGGCGAUGGUCAGAGGAAUCUCUUUGUUGCUUCAUUCUUCUUUGACAGGGCUGCAGAGGUUGGGUUCAUUAAUGCAACUGCUGCUCCUGUUGCAAAAGUUCGCCCUGCUGAUUUUGAGAGUGCAGCUCAAGAUGCUUGUGAAACCGGACUUGAGGAUGCCAAAUCUAAAUAUACUAGUGUUAGUGCGGAUAACUUGCCGUACCUGUGCAUGGAUCUUGUUUAUCAGUUCACUCUGCUUGUAGAUGGGUUUGGGAUUGAUCCUCAGCAAGAGAUCACUUUGGUAAAACAAGUGGAAUACCAGAAUUCCUUUGUUGAGGCAGCAUGGCCAUUAGGCAGUGCCCUUGAAGUUGUAUCAUAAUUGAAUUAACUGCAGGAAUGCUUGAUUGAUUAUUCAGCCUUAUUCAUUUACAGCAUUAUUAGUUAUCAAGGGUAAGCAAUUUUUGGAAUGCAGCUUCUAGAAGCCAAUUCUGUUCUGCUGGCCCUGGAAAGAAUAUCAUAUCCUUCCUGUAUGAGUGACUGACUAUACAGAGAGAAGAGCUUUUUUCUACUGUCUGUCUAUUUUCUAUAUUUUAUUUCUCUGGAGGCUCUGGCCAGAAGGGGAGCAUAGCAUUGCAUUGCAGGUCAUAUCAAUAAUGAGAGCUUUCUUUUUGUGGUUCUUCUGACAUUUUGUUACAUGUGAAGAAUGAAUAGAUAUGUAUGCAUUCUUGUAAAGCCAAAAAAAUUAAAGAUACAUACCCCACUUUUUA